AUGGCCUUCUCUGCCUUUGUCACGGCCUUGCGAGCGCUCCGGGGGCAUGGUGAUGUCUCGCAGAGGUUGGCUGAACUGCUCCUUGCAGACGUGAACAGGCUGGGCGUCGAGAGAUCGAAGGCUCUCCGCAACUUCGCGGCCACAGUUCUUGAGGAGUCGAAGGAGGUCGAAGAGGAUUGGGAGCUCGUGUCAGAUGUCUCCUUGGAGACAUUUGCGGCUGAUUCCGGAAGCUCUCAACCAUGGCUUGCCACGGUGCGAUCUCUGCUGCUGGCGCAAUGCCGGACGCCGGGUGGGGCCUUUUGCGAAGCUCAGGUGACCGUCAUCGACCGCUUGCUGGAGUUGCCACCCCCGUUGGUGGAGACACCACCCUCGCAGUGGUCUCCCAUCUGUCGCCAAGAUGCUGCGCUGCAAUCAGAUUUGGAGGCGAUCGAAGCGCUCUACGGCAAGGAGUCUAUAGAAACUCAUGCAGACCGAUGUGUGAUCGUCGUGGAGGAUUUGUCAGUGGUCAUCCGCUUUGACAGCACUGAUGCUGAUCGCAUAGCCGUGCGGGCAGUUGGACCCAGCGUGACGACAUGGGAUGAGGCGGUGGCGAGCGCAUGCUUCACGACCUUGCAGAGGUUCCGAGGCGGAAGCCUCGGCGCUCUCGAGGCCCUACAGCUAGCCAUGGCCCUUCGGCGGGCAGAGGAGCCCAGUGCGGUGGAUCCAGGGUCCCUACUGCUGGCAGCGCCACCGUCACAGUGGUUGGGCCUCCGCCAGGAGACCUCAAGCACCAGUCUCGAGUUCUUCAGCCCAGGCGAUGUGGCCCGGCAUGCAGCAGAACAGCUCCAGAAGUAUCUCUCCUGCCACUUGCAUUUCCAGCCGGCCGGAAAAGCUGAGAUCGUUGUCCACGACCGGCUUGCCGAGCGCUUUGCUACCGCUGUAGCGCUGCAGCGAGUCGGCGCGAAGUCCCCCACGACGCCGAGCCUAGCUUUCCACGGUGCUCCUGGGCAGGAUGUGCUGCGCAGCAUCUGUCGCCGCGGGUUCCUCAUGCCUGGGGAUUGGAUUGAAGGCACCCCCGACUUUCUCUCCAUGGAGCAUGGAAAUGUGAAAGGCAUGGGUGUCUACACCUCCCCAUGCCUGGACACUGCGGCGCGUUACUCCGGGGUCUACGACAAAGACGGUGUUGGGCUGAUCUUAGUUGCCCUGGUGGCCCCUGGCGCUAUGUGGCGUGAGAAGAGCCGCGAUGAGACGCAAAAGCAGAUUUCACGCUGGUUCUUCCCACCAAGGCCGAAGGAGGGGCAGCGCUGUGGCGGAUGGGUCUACCACCGCGGAUACUGGAAGGUGGCCGAUGGCGAGGCCUCCGGCAAGCAGUCUGCUUCGGACAGCUGGGACAUGGCUUUUGCGCCGGAUAGCUCCGCUCUCUACGACGGAGUCUACAAUAGCCGCCUAUUCGGCACCGGGACAAAGGUCUCCGAGGAAUUGGUCUUGGCGUCCGUGGAUCAGUUGUUGCCACUGCUGCUCCUGCCUUUUCGUUCCCGUGACCCGGAAAGCAUCCCGGCCACUCCGAUGCCGAAACUGCCUGCCCAAAAUCUUCCAGGCGGGCGACGUCGACGGACACUCUGUGGCUCGAGGGUCUACGAGUACCCCUCUGAUCCCCUGCCCGAUCGCUACCUGCUGUGCCAAAAGAUCGCGGCGGCUUCGACGCCUUCUGACGAGCUCUGGGCGAUUCACGUAGACGACUCGGGCAACGACGGUGAGAGGAGCUAUGGGCCAGCUCUGCAUGUGCUGUUCCUAGUGGACGAGGCGCUUGCAUCAUCGGAGUUCAAGAAAGAGGUCCCAAUAUUGGUGGAGACGCUGACGGGCCAACUUCAGGGCAGCACGUCGCUGGUUCUCUUCAACUCCGCCGGCGUGGACUCGAAUCUUUGCAUUCCCUGGGGUACGUUGAGCUCCUUCCCAGCUCGCUUCGGCGACCGCUGGGCGAAAUCCGGCGCACGCGGCGGAGGUAAUCUGGCUGCCGGGAUUCUCUAUGCGUCGGACUCGAUGAUUUCCAAGCUCGCAAAGGAGACCGAGGCAGAACUCCUCUCCGCCGGCGCGCCCUGGCGAAGGCUCCGGGCUGGCAUGGAAAUCGACACCACAUCUGGUGAAGGUGCCGUCGUCGAGGAUGUCACCUUCGACUUCCAGGGGCCUUCCCACCUUGAGGUGAAGUGGAGGGCCAGAGCAAGCGUGCAAGAGUCCAGCAACCUCUCAGUGGUCGAAAGCAAGGCUGGGCAGCUCCUAAGAGCUGAGUGGGGUGAGGGCUCUUUCUCGGAGUUUCGCCUUCCAGCGGUUCUGGGCGCGCCUCGUGCACCCGCAGACGUUGCAGCGGAGACGACUUUCGCUGUUUUCACGAUCUCGAACUUCGCGGUUGUGGGCGCUGAGGCGAACAGGCCGGAGUUGUAG